GCCUGACGUCUUGUUAGUGUGAAUGACUAACGUUAGAAAAAAAAAGCACACACCAGGCGAGACAAUUGCGGAAAACUGAGGGACAUUUUUCGCGUGUAAUUUCUUCUUCCCUUCCUCCAACUGUAUGACUGCGCGAAGACAAAAGUGACUCAGUUAUGGAGAGCUCCAUUGAGACUUCCCAGACUGGGGGCACCUCAUAUGCAAAGCCGGCUCUGGCACCCAAACCUCGGCUCACUCCCAAGCCCUUCUCUCUGCAGAAGAACAGCACAAUUCGCUCCAUCAAUGCCCCAAAGGCAGUCACUGCAACUUCUAAGUCACCAGCAAACCAGACUCAAAAAUCAGAUGCCACUGGUGUCCCAACUCCGCCUCUGACCACCACUGCUCAGAAACCUCAUCAACAGUCCACUCCCUCUGAUUCCAAACCCAGCCCUGUACAUGCCAAAGACAAACCAAAAACAACCAAAGAAAGUAAAGCAAAGCCUCACAAAGAGGAAACUCCUGAUUCCAUUGUAGCUCCAGGAAAAUCAGUUCCAGCCUCUCAAACCACUCCACCCAAAUCUGUGCCAAUCCAGAAAGAAGAUGUCUAUCAAACAAACCAAAAACCAUCUGUGAAUAUUAUUACUAACUCAGAUCAAACGGAUGGAAAACAGAAGGUAGAUGAAUCAUGUGUCAUUCAAAAGCCUGAAGAAUCAGGGAGUGACAGUCCCUCUACAGCUGAUCCAAUAUAUCGGUGGGGCAGCACCAGGAAGCGCCUGCCUUCGGAGCUCACCUCAAGGUUUGAGUCUGGUGGCCUGCCCGUGCCUCCCCAGCCCACUACAACUAUAUCUACAACCAGCACCAAAGAUGAUGUAAACAAGUCAGCGUCCUCCGGUCCACAGCAGAGCCAAACAACUUCAGAGUCAUCAAACAGAGAUAGCAAUGAGGGGCAACCGGUUGAGUGUUACAGCACAGGAGGCAGCAUAAAACAUAGAAUCAGUCAGCUGUUUGACUCCUCGUCAGCAUCAGAGAGCAUGACCGAGAAAGAGGAGCCAGAAGUUAUAACUGGCAUAGGAGGUGUAAACAAGCCAGUGUCCUCUGAUCCAGACCAGAGCCAAAGAGCUUCAAAACCGUCAAACAAAGAGAAUGAUGAGGGGCAAACACUGAAGAGUUACAGCAGAGGAGGCAGCAUAAAACGUAGAAUCAGUCAGCUGUCUGAUUCGUCUUCAAGGUCAGAGACCAUGACCAAGAAAGACGAGCCAGUUAUAAGUGGUACAGGAGGAGUAAACAAACCAUUGUCCUCCGAUGCAGAGCAGAGCCAAACAGCUUCAGAGCCAUCAAACAGAGAGAGCAAAGAAGGGGGAAUGAUGGAGCUUUCCAGCACAGGAGGCAGCACGAAAGGUAGAACCAGUCAGCUGUCUGAUUCUUCGUCAACAUCAGAGUUCAUGACCAAUAAAGAGGAGCCAGAAGUUAUAACUGAUACAGGAGGUGUAAACAAGCCAGCGUUCUGUGAUCCAGACCAGAGUCAAACAGCUUCAAAACCGUCAAACAGAGAGAAUGAUGAGGGGCAACCGCUGGAGAGUUACAGCAGAGGAGGCAGCAUAAAACGUAGAAUCAGUCAGCUGUUUGGUUCGUCUUCAAGGUCAGAGAUCGUGACCAAGAAAGACGAGCCAGUUAAAAGUGGUACAGGAGGAGUAAACAAACCAUUGUCCACCGAUACAGAGCAGAGCCAAACAGCUUCAGAGCCAUUAAACAGAGAGAGCAAAGAAGGGGGAAUGAUGGAGCUUUCCAGCACAGGAGGCAGCACGAAAGGUAGAACCAGUCAGCUGUCUGAUUCUUCGUCAACAUCAGAGAUCAUGACUAAUAGAGACGAGCCAGAACUUAUAACUGAUACAGGAGGUGUAAACAAGCCAGCGUCCUCUGAUCAAGACCAGAGCCAAACAGCUUCAAAACUGUCAAACGGAGAGAAUGAUGAAGGGCAACCGCUGGAGAGUUACAGCAGAGGAGGCAGCAUAAAACGUAGAAUCAGUCAGCUGUUUGGUUCGUCUUCAAGGUCAGAGACCAUGACCAAGAAAGACGAGCCAGAAGUUAUAAGUGGUACAGGAGGUGUAAAGGAGCGCAUUAAACAAUGGGCUGCAGAAACAAAUUCUGAGGCUCCAAAUACUGAGAAGCAGCCUCAGGUUGUUCCCCGAACUCGUUCUAGUAGCUUUGAACAAGCAGCUUCUCCAACUGUGGAGAAAACACCAAAAAUGCCACCUGUUGAACUUCCUGCAACUGGGACAUUAUCUGCACAGGCCGUGGAGCCAUCUUUAAAGGUCUCCACAGGUAAACAGCUCAUAGAGAGCCCAGUGGAAACAGCUAAAGAUGCUGUUGAGAAGCCACUGGAAAGCUCAACAGAGACUCCAAGGGAGUAUGAGCAGAACAAAUCAUCAGAGGUUCGACUGCACACUCACAGCCCAUCUGCAGGCCAAACUGCCGCUGAUGAAGGAGAAUCAGCUUCAAGUGCUCCAAAAAGGGACAACAGCAAACGUCGCUCUGUUCGCUUUGGUAUCGUGGAGAGAGAUGACGGUGGGCCUCCAAUGAUCCUGGGCUCAGUGUCUGAAUCCAGCUCAGACGAAGAAGAGGCUACUGAGGAUGAAGGGGAGGUGGAGACCGCUGUUUUGGGACUGGUCAACAGAAGAGAAGGAAUUCUUCGGAACAAGGACAAUGUUCAAAAGCAAGAAGAGGAAUGGCAGAAACAUUUGGAAGCUGAAAAAAGACUAAGAGCAGAGGAGAGCGAACAGGAAAGAGUUAAGCUAGAACAGGAGCGUAAACAAGAAGAAGAAGAAAAGGAGAAAGAAAAGGCAAGGCAGAGAGAAGAGAUUAGGCUUAGGGAAGAAGCAAAACGGAGAGAGGAGGAGAGGGAAAGGGAGAGACAGAGGGAACGGCUGAAACAACAAGAGAUAGACAGACAGUCAGAACUGAUGUGGCAAAGAGAGAGAGAGGAGGAAAUAGAGAGGGCAAGGCAGAUGGAGAGGGAGAGGUUGAUGGAGGAGGAAAGGGAGAGACGGAGGAAGGAAGAAUUGCAGAGAGAAAAGUUAAAAGAAGAGGAGAGAGAAAGAGAACGGUUGAGACAACAAGAGAUAGAAAGACAGGCGGAGCUGAUGCGGCAAAGACAGAGAGAGGAGGAAAGAGAGAGGGCAAGGCAAAUGGAGGAGAGACUCAGACAAGAGGAGAGGGAGAAGUUGAUGGAGGAGGAAAGGGAGAGACGGAGGCAGGAAGAAUUGCAGAGAGAAAAGUUAAAAGAAGAGGAGAGAGAAAUGGAACGGCUGAGACAACAAGAGAUAGAAAGACAGUCAGAACUGAUGUGGCAAAGACAGAGAGAGGAGGACAGAGAGAGAGCAAGGCAGAUGGAGGAGAGACUCAGGCAGGAGGAGAGGGAGAGGCAAAGAUUAAGAGAGGAGGACAGAGAGAGAGCAAGGCAGAUGGAGGAGAGACUCAGGCAGGAGGAGAGGGAGAGGCAAAGAUUAAGAGAGGAGGCUGAGGAAAGAGAGAGGGAGAGGCAAAGGAGGUUGGAAGAGGAAGAGAGGAUGAGGGAAAGACAGGGACAGGAGGAGGAGAGAACAAGAAGGGAGCUUGAGAGGAGAAUGCAGCAGAAAAAAGAGGAAGAGAUGGAGAAAAUGAGGCAAAUAGAAAAACAGCGAGAGGAGGAGAGAAGAGAAGAGGAAUGGAGGAGACAGAUAGAGAAUGAAAGAGCGGAGGAGCUGGGGGAAAAAAUGCGAGAGGAACUGGAAAGAAAGCGAGCAAAAGAAAUGGAGGAAAAGCUGAGAAUGGAUGAAGAAAGAAAUAAGAAGGAAGGAGCAGUGCAUGAAACAAAGUCAAAUUUAAUCAGCUUUGACUCUGACGAUGUGCAUCAGAAGUCAGAAACACCAAAUUCCUCCUUAGCAAAAACCUACAGGCCCACUGAGAGUAAUAUCGAAGUAAAUUACGAUGACUUCUCUGUCCGAAAACCCCUGAUUGAGGUGGAUUUUGAAGAUUUUUCUGUCAAACCAAAGAGAUGGGGCUCACAGGCGAAAGUAGAACCUCAUCCAGUCCAGACCCGGGCAGCUGACCCUGUGAGUAAGGAAGCAAGGGAGGUGCUACUGCCCCUGAAUGUCCAUCCUCGGGAAAACAAAGUACCAGAGCAGGUGGUAAGACCAUACAGACCAGAGCCUACAACAGCCAUGGAAAGUCCAGAUGAGGAGGAGGAGGAAGAGGAGGUGAGGGAGAGGUCAGAGGAGUUCAUCUCCAUGUUGGAAGAAGAAGAGGACAAAGAGACAGAGAGUGAGGAUGACAUGGAUACAGUGGAAGAUGAAACAGAUGAUGAAGACAAACACGAGCCAGAUCACAGACCCCACUUUUUGACUCAUCCAAAAAAAGAUAAACUUCACUUUCUCUGGUGCUGUGUGAACCAUUUAACCAUGCAGUUCCUGGGAGGGAAACUGUUGGCUGCCCAGCUGCAGGUGGCGGGCUGGGUGGACAGCGUACGACAAUCCUUGCAAGGGGCACUGGAGCUGGUGUGGGACAGUGCAGAAGAGAAGCAAGAGGAGGGAGAUGUGGAUAAAGAAGGAGAAGAGGAAGGGGGAGAUGGUCAAGGAAGGUUUCAGAGAGCCAUGUCACCACUUCGUAGCUUUGCCAGACGUAGCAGGAGAUCCCUGCGUCGCUUCUCACUCAGAAGUCGCCAGACUCUACAGAGGAGAACCACUGAAACCUGCUCUGCACAGAUUAACAGUUAUUGUAUAAAUGGUGAUGACAAAGACACUGAUGCUUUGAUAGACAGUGAGCCAGACCUGCAGAAUGGGGGCUAUGAAGAGACAUCUGACACUGACAGUCCAAACCUUGUCCCUGCUCCUGAUUUCCCUUCUCAAGACAUUGAUUCAGCUGAGUCUCAAAGAGAGCAAGAGUUGGCUCCAUUCCCAGAGAGCUAUGCUCCUCUCCUUGAUACCAGCGCACAGAGAUCCAAGGCAAAUCUGGGUAGGACGCGAAGUCGAGCUCGUCCAACACGCCGACCCCAUACACGGUCAUCUGAGAUGGGAAGCCUGGACUGGAGGGUCCAUGAUUCCACAGAUGAAAAGGAGAUAGUUUCCAAGCAAAGAGAUUCAGACUCUGAGGAGGAGCAGCCAAAAGCAAAGAUGGCCCGUUCUCCUCCUACCUCUCAGAGGGUCCCUGUGUUUCCUGGCCUAAGCCCUGUAGCCCUGCUUGCUCAAAUAAAAAAAAGAACAGGAGGAGGAGGAGCUAGAGAAGAUGGGGCAACAGAAGAAGACCAGAGAAGACAAGAGAAAGAAAGGCAGUAUGAAGAAAUACCACCGUCUCCCUCCCAACUCUCCCGCUCUCCACGCUCUCCUGCUCAUCUUGCAGGGGCCGCACGGGUGCUGCCACCCAUAGGCGGCACUGACGGAGGUGCCACCUCCUCUCCUGCUUGGCUGAAAGAACUCAAGUCUAAGAAGCGUCUUAGUCAGCAUGGCAGUCAGGCUUAGCCUGACACAGGAGACAUUGCAUCAUUACUGUUGAGAAAGAAUCUGUCCAUCUCUGCUGCCGCUGCUGCUGACAGACGCCUUGCCAUGACUGCUCCAUUUUGCACUUUAAGUGCCUUAUUUUGGACCUUUACUGAAAUAUGCAAGAGGCCAUCAAGAACCUUUCAUCUUGUAAAUGAAAUAUGAUGCCAAGGCUGUGUGCCAAGACCGCGUUGUGUUAAUGCCAAGCACAUGUUUUAUCGACUAUUGUACAAAGGCUCAAGGCAGGUUAAGACUUCAGUGUAAUUUAGAGCAAAGCCAUAAACUGUCUGAUUGUUUGGAUGUGUAAAGCCAUCAUAUACUGACAGGGACUGAUGACACUGGGUGUUCAGCAAGGUUUCUGCCUUCACACAAACACACAUACAUACACUGUAAAUACAGGAAGUACUGAAUAUAAUAUGUGGAUUGCACCUUGUGUGUAAUUACUUUAAAUUGUACAAAGUGAGUUUUAUAUUAUGUUACCAAUCACAGAUUGUCUCAAGAAACCUACCAAGCACUUUAAGAAAUAAUAAUCUACCAUCCAAACAGAGCAUGUACUGUAUGUAAUAGAAUAAUCAAGUGGCUAACUGUAGUAACAGGGUCAAGGGAAUCUUUUUGUAACGCCAUGAAUGAUUCUUCUCAUCAAAGUAGGCUUCCACAAAAUGUACAGAUGCCCUUCCUGGUUCUAUCAAAUAACUCAGUAGCUGGUCACAACAUUUGCAGUAAGCUUUAGGAAUGCUGUAACGUAAUCGGGAAGGGUGUUGAGUAAAAUCUUGAACUCUAAAAUCAGUUCAUCUGCCUGUUUAAUGUUAAUGAAUGACUCAUCAAUGCUGUAAUCAUGUGUGAUCAACAUGCUAUGUAAUAAGAGGAAAU